CCUCCCUCUGUCAUAGUAAUACUUUAAAUCACGACGCACCUUUUUCACACGCAUCAUUGUAUACGGUCUGUGGGCUGAUGUAAACAUCACAGUGGAUUGUGGAGGCUGGAUUUAACAUUAACUGACACUAACAAUGGCAAUAAUACUCAGAUUAUUUCCUUGGUCGACGUGCAUCGCUUUCAUUUUAUUGUUCAUGCGCAAAAGUAAUGGGGAUUUGAGCUACUCCAUACCAGAGGAGAUGAAACAAGGAUCGGUAAUCGGAAAUAUUGCGAAGGAUCUCGGUCUUAAAACCGAUGGGCUAUUAUCACGAAAAGCUCGGUUAGACACGGAAGAAUAUGGAAAUCGUUUUUGUGAGAUCAACCCGCAAAAAGGGGAAUUUAUUGUGGCGGAGAGAAUCGACCGAGAGGAAUUGUGUGGUUCAAAAGCAUCCUGUGUCUUGAAAUACGACCUAGUUUUAGAAAACCCGCUAGAGCUGCAUCGCAUAUCAGUGAAAAUAGAGGAUAUAAAUGACAACUCACCUCGAUUUCCUAAUGAACUAAUAAAACUUGAAAUUGGCGAAUCUGUGGGCACAGGAACACGUUUCCCCCUGGAGGAGGCGCAUGAUGCGGAUGACGGUCAAAACGGUAUUCAGAAUUAUUCACUUGAGAAAAACGAACACUUUUCUUUAUCAGUUCACUCGAAUGCUGAUGGAGGAAAAUAUAGCGAACUGAUACUGCAAAAAGAACUAGAUCGUGAACAAAAGAAGGAUAUGGAUUUGGUUCUUACUGCAGUGGAUGGUGGAACUCCACGGAGAUCCGGGACUGCUGUAAUUCAUGUCAUUGUCCUAGAUGCAAAUGAUAAUGUGCCUGUAUUUACUCAGCCUGUUUAUAAAGCCAGCAUUUUAGAAAACUCGCAUUUAAAUACAAUUGUAAUCAAAGUAAGCGCUGUAGAUGCUGACGAAGGUGUGAAUGGGGAUGUCAUGUAUGAAUUUAGCCAAAUUUCAGACAAGGCUUCCAGCCUUUUUUCUAUAGAUAAGACCAGUGGGGAAAUUAAAGUGAUUGGACCGAUAGAUUUCGAAGAUAAAAACAGUUAUGAGAUACGUAUUCAGGCCAAGGAUGGUUCUGGCUUGGCUUCUAAUACAAAAGUUGAAAUCGAUAUAAUCGAUCUUAAUGACAACACUCCUAUUAUACAUUUGAAAUCUAAUGAUAAUCAGAUCCCUGAAAAUGUGGAACCUGGCAAUGAAGUGGCUAUUAUAAAUGUUCAGGAUAAAGACACGGGGGAUAACAAGAAGGUUUAUUGUACUAUUCAAGAAAAUGUCCCUUUUAAGCUAAAUCCGUCUAUUAAAAAUUAUUACUCGAUCGUCACAACGGGCCCUCUGGAUCGCGAACUUAACAGCUAUUAUAACAUAACUCUUGUGGCUACUGAUGGGGGAACCCCACCGUUAUCCUCCUCCAAAAUAAUACACUUAUCAGUUUCUGAUAUCAAUGACAAUGCCCCUGUAUUUGAGCAGCAGUCCUACAGUGCAUACAUAAGUGAAAAUAACAAAGCAGGCACCUCUGUUUGUUCUGUCAGUGCAAAUGACCCAGACUGGAGACAGAACGGGACUGUACUGUACUCUCUGGUACCCAGUGAAGUCAAUGGGGUCCCAGUGUCCUCAUUUCUAUCUGUUAAUGGAGAUACAGGGGUGAUUCAUGCUGUAAGAUCAUUUGACUAUGAGCAGUUCAGAAACUUCAGUGUCAAAGUUGUUGCCAGAGACAAUGGUUCUCCUCCGCUCAGCAGUAUCGUGACAGUAAAAGUCUUCAUAACAGAUGAGAAUGAUAACUCUCCACAGAUAUUAUACCCUGUUCCAGAUGGCAAGUCUUUAAUGACUGAAAUGGUCCCUAAAGCGACUCUCUCAGGCUCUCUGGUCUCCAAGGUGAUCGCUGUAGAUGCUGACUCUGGACAGAACGCAUGGCUGUCCUAUCAGAUCUUGAAAUCUACUGAUCCGGGACUUUUCACCAUUGGUCUCCAUAGUGGAGAGAUCAAAACACAACGAGACAUUUCUGAAUCUGACAAUAUGAAGCAGAAUCUUGUUAUUUCAGUGAAGGAUAACGGGCAGCCCUCUCUGUCUACAACCUGUGCUGUGAAUUUACUGAUUUCUGACAACCUUUCUGAAGUUCCUGAACUUAAAGAUAUGACUUAUGAGGACAACAACUCUAAACUGACGUCAUACUUGAUCAUUGCAUUAGUUUCUGUGUGCACCUUCUUCCUGACCUUCAUCAUACUGAUCUUGGCAGUGAAGUUUUGUCACAGGAGAAAGCCCAGACUGUUGUUUGAUGGAGCGGUUGCUGUUCCCAGCGCCUAUCUGCCUCCCAACUAUGCAGAGGUGGAUGGAGCAGGAACUCUCCGCAGCUCCUACAAUUAUGACGCGUAUCUAACCACAGGCUCGCGCACAAGUGACUUUAAAUUUGUGAGAUCGUAUAAUGAAAACACGCUUCCUGCUGGUGGGACUCUGAGAAAGGAAGACAAUAUUCAGUUUGGUUCGAGCAUGAUAACAUUAGAUGUUACAGGAAAUGAAGAUGAGGUAAGAGAGGCUUCACUCCUCUGGACUCCUUUUUAUGUUUGCAUUUCUUGUCUCCGCUAAUUAUACAUUUCAAAUGAUAUUAGCUUUAAUAAUAAUACGUAAUUAAGGCGGUUCCAGUUUAAACAACGUACUUAGCGUUAAUUUAUUAGAAGCUCACGCUAUUAAAAGUACUAUCAUUCUUC